ACUUUAAACAUAAUGAAAACACAACAGAAACAGUGGACAGAGGCAGGUCUAGUAGUAAGAAAGAAACAAGGCAGAAAAACAAUGAACUGAAAACUAAAGGGGUGCAGAAGAGUGAAGGACUUGACAUAGAGAUGUUCUUCCUUCUAUGCUAUUUUGUUCCAAUUUUCAUCAUGUCAUUAGUAGCCCAUCAUGAGCCAAGAUACAUUUCCCCCUGCCUUGUCCCUCUAGUGUUGGCCUAUCACAGCAAGUUUACAUGGAAAGGUGGCAAGAAGUUGCUUUUCGUUGGGUUUGUAGUCGGCAAUGUUUUGGGUGGUGUUUUGUUUGGGGUUCUGCAUCAAGGUGGGGUAGUGCCAUCCUUGCUACACUUACACAAUCUAGUGCACCAGAAACAAAGUACUGAAACAGUUCACAUCACUUACUUCCACACGUACAUUCCUCCUGGGCAUCUGCUUGGCAUCAAUGGCAACCAAACAGCCAAUCAGAACUUUCGCAUGUCACACAAGGUGACCAAUGACAGAGUAGAACCACAGGUUCAUUUGCAUGAUUUAGCAGGUGCACCAACCACUGUUCUAUUUGAUAAGUUGAGAAUUCUGUACCAAGAGAAGCAAGCUAGUAACAACACUCAUGUCUAUAUUGUUUCUCCAUCUUCCUUGCAUUCUAUAUUUUCUAAGCAUGAAACUGACAUGAAGAUAGUUUUGCAAGAAGUUUUUUUCCCACACUUAAGCAUGGAGGACCCUCCAAGAGUGCAGGACAUUGUACACACUAGAUUAGAUGAACUAAAUACUCUGCUAGAAGAGCUACGGUUAAUGUUUGGGUUGAACCUCUAUGAGGUUCUAUGAAUAAUCUACAUGUAUAUUUAACUAUUGUACAUAUAUUGGUGAUGGGAAGAUUUGGU